CCCGUCCGUCCCUGAUUCCGUUGUCGCUCUCUCACCGUCGCCCGCGCAUCCGCUUGGUUCCGUCCAAAAUCCCAACCCCAAGGCUUGCUGCAGCCCCUUCCCUUUCCUCCUCGCCCUCUCCCUCAUUAAACUUUUCUUCAUCGAGUCGAGACAAAACACACCAAACACCGUCCAGAGGGCCUCAGCGUUCCUUCGACCAUGCAUAUCCGCCCGCAUUUCCCACCUCCAACGUCUUUGUAGCGGUUCACAACUGGUGAUGCUGUACGAGACACCGCUGGCUUCCACAAGACGUGCCGGCAUCCCGAAGCCCCCCCGAGCUAUCCUCACUCGGCCUCCGUAGCCGUCAACACCAUUUUACCUGUCGACACGACCCAGUCCCUCGAUUGCCCAUCCCUUUACGAAGCAUUUCCUCAACUGUGAGGCCUGGAGCCAACACCAACAUUGCAAUGUACUACCUGCGCCGCAUCACUAUCCUCUGUGCCGUCCUGGCCUCCGUCUCGUUCCUAGCAUGGUUCUUGCCUCGAUACCUCAACCCAAGCCCGCCGGACCCCGCUAAGCAGCGCGAGGACAGGAGAUGGGUCAAUAGCAGUCCCUACUGGCUCGACCGCCAGGCAUGUCGAUGGCUGAGUCUUUGCGGUAUCCAUCAUCUCUCCUGGGACCCCGCCUUUCUCGUCCCUCAUAACGAUUCCGACGCGGGUGAGUUGCGCCUAGAGCUGAGGUCUCUCGACGGACGACACUCCGGCUGGGAAACAGCACCCCAGAAGCGUUCGCCGCGGGACGACAAAGACGAGAGGCGGAAGAUCCUGAAAGAAAUCCCCAACUAUGUUCUUGAGUAUGCGCCGCUCGUUCACCUCUACUCGGGCGAGAACUUCUGGCCAUCCGACAUUGCAGAGCAUAUUCGACACAUGACGCCCUACUUGGAAGAAGAGGCCUUGAACCGCUCUCUCGCUCUGUCGGACCUGCAAGAACUCAACAAGGAGGACGGCAUGGUCUACCUCACCAGCGAUGACGACGUUGAGCAGAGACCCGAGUGGCUGCACAGCCACGUUGGUAUUCCCGAGCCAUGGGACGACGAGGGGGACGAGGAUGGAGACAGUGGCCACGACAACAACGAUCGUCCGUCCGAGGACUUUGACCACCCACCACCUCCCACAGAAGAUACGACUUGGUUCGACGUAUCACGCGAUCAUCCUGUCAACCGUAUCUCGGACCCUCGUCGCCUAGCUCCACAAUUUGCUCCCUCAUCCGCUCGCACCGGCGGCUUCCACCUCCGUCGCCGAGACCAGGACCAAAAACCGAUACCCGAUACGCCGACUCACAAACCCAACCAGGAAGGCUAUUCCAAGGCCCCCGCCGUCCUCGUUCUCGUAGACAAGGGCUCCGGCAUCGUUGACGCAUUCUGGUUCUUCUUUUACUCGUACAAUCUGGGCCAGACCGUCCUGACAAUCCGGUUUGGCAACCACGUCGGUGACUGGGAGCACUGUAUGAUGCGCUUCGAGAACGGUGUUCCCCGUGGCAUUUUCUUCUCCGAACACGAAGGCGGACAGGCUUACACUUACAACGCCGUUGAGAAGCGGGGUCUUCGCCCUGUCAUUUACUCCGCCGUCGGAUCUCACGCCAUGUACGCGCAGGCCGGCGACCACCCCUACGUGCUACCCUUCGGUAUGUUGAAGGACGUCACGGACAAGGGUCCUUUGUGGGACCCGGCGAAGAACGCCUACACGUACUGGUAUGACUACGCCCAGGAUUUGGACGAGGACCUCGAUCUCGAUUUCGACGGCGAAGUCGACGUGGCUAGCGGCCACCGGAAGGAAAACCCCACCAGUCUAGUCCCGACGGCGGAGAACCCCGACGCGCCAACGUCCUGGUUCCAUUAUGCCGGCCCUUGGGGCGACAAGCUCUACAGCCUUGCCGACAUGCGCCAAUGGCGGCUUUUCGCCCAGUAUCAUUACGUCUCUGGACCGCUGGGACCCAAGUUCAAGCGUCUUGAUCGGGAGAAGCUGUGCAUCACCAGGCGUUGCCGGAUUCUCAACAGCCUAAAGCCUGGGCAGACGUGGUACGGUUAGACAUGACGGAGUUGAUAGGCAAAGUCUUUUUUUUUUUUGGGG